GGUGGCGACGACGGCAUCACGACACCUGCGCACGACCGAGAGGCGCCUCGGCUGUCUCGAGACGCGGACAUGAUAGGUGCACCUUAUGGUAAAGAUGUAAUGUCUGAGCGGUUCGGUGGCAACGACGGCAUCACGAUACCUGCGCACGACCGGAGCACGGCCGGGGGGCAAUCAGAAGGCGACCUAGGACCACUAUAUAAGCAGCAGUACCGCCGCUUCUCAGCCGGAGAUGUUUUGUCUGUAGCUCGUCCUCCAUCCGCAUCUUCACAUACGGCCUUCUACACGCCUUCAGCUACAUUCACCCAACUUUCACACAAAACCUCUGCACCUUCAUCAGCUACUUUCAUCAUGCUGCUCCCAGGCGAGACCAUCGAAGAUGCUAUUGCGCGAAUCAUCGAGACGGAGGAAAAGAGAGUCAAGAUGCUUGCGGGGCGGGAAGAGCGCCUACGUGAUCUUAUUGCAGCUCACGACCGAGGCGAGUCCUCACUCUGGGAAACACAAUACGAAUGGGAUGUCCUCGUCAAAUGCGGCGACCGGUUUUGGAGGGUUCAUCGUGACAUUCUCUGCCGCGAGUCAGACUGGUUCAAGACUCGAAUGCCACCCAAGGAUCCUAACGGGGCCUACGUCGUAUUCAACUGCGACGGACACAACACAACGCAGCUCACCCACGCUCUCCGCUACAUGUACGGCAACUCUACGGCAAAAAGGUUGAUGACCCUCAAGUACGCGCUCAGCGGCUACCCGAUCUUCCUCGCCGUCUACACCUACAUCGCCGGCGCGUCGGUCGGCUUCGAGCGCAUGAUGGGGGACGCCCAGCGCGCGCUGUACGAGAUGGCGCUGCAGCUCAAGAUGUUCUUUGACGCCACGCCCGCGGCCGCCCUCGGCACCAUGGAUCUGUCGGGCCUGUACGACCCCCUGCGCCGCAGCUUGGUCAUGUCCUUCGACCAGGCCGACGCCGGGGUUCGUUUGCUCGGCCUGCGCGCCGCGCUCGCGCACUUGUGUGAUGUGGUGCUGGUGUGGUUGGUUUUGGAUCCGGGGUUUGGCAGGGCGUUGGUGGCGGAUUGGAUUCCGAGUGGGGUGUGGCAGAAGGUGGUGGUGGAUAAUGUGUUUUUUUGGAGGAAUGGGUUGUUGGACGACAUGUGGAAGAUUCUGGUCGAGGCUAUCCCCGUGCGCAAGAAACGGGGGGCGAGGGUGUUGGACGCGAGAGAGGGCGAGGACAAGGGCACCGAUGGCGACCCGUCGAGUUCCCGUUAGAGCCGGGGUUCGGGGGAGUGCGAGCGGGAGGACCAGACUUGGUUGGAGGCGGUCGGCGAGGAGGAUAGUCCGUUGCGGCGGUGGAGGCAGAUGGCGGAGAGCAUCGAGCCGGACGGUUGGAGACUUGGG